AACACCGAUUUCGUGAGAUUCCGAUGAGUCUAUGCCGGAAUCGUGGUAUGUGAGACUUACCUACCGCCGGAAUCAUCAGCGGGAUAGACGGUUAAGACCAUCGGCGAAUGGAGUCAAAACGAAUCGAAGAUUGGCGAUGGAGAAGAAGGAUUCGUUGAAGGAUGGUCCAAUUUCUUGUUCCAGCAAGAUCAGUUUCAUACACUUCCUCGCCGACAAUGAUCCCACCACCGGCCAAAGCUGGUGUCCAGACUGUGUUAGAGUUGAACCUGUGAUUUACAAGACUCUAGAGGAAUUUCCAGAGGAGGGGAAUCUUAUUCCGGUGACAGACCGGCGUGGAGAACUCCGACGCAUUCGUGGAGAGUUGAUUCUCGGUUUAAGCUCAUCGGAGUGCCAACUCUUGUUCGUUGGGAUGGUUGGAGGAGACUUUGGGAAUAAAGAUAGGAUCAGAGAUCUCUAUGAGAGGGCUAUUGCUAAUGUUCCACCCGCCGAGGAGAAACGAUACUGGCAGAGAUAUAUCUACUUGUGGAUUGAUUAUGCAUUGUUUGAAGAGAUUGUAGCUGAAGACGUGGAGCGUACUCGAGCUGUGUACAGAGAAUGCCUUGAUCUUAUCCCGCACUCCAAAUUCUCUUUUGCCAAGAUAUGGUUGCUCGCUGCACAGUUUGAGAUCAGGCAAUUGAAUCUCUCGGGUGCUCGGCGGAUAUUAGGAAACGCCAUUGGCAAAGCUCCGAAGCAUAAGAUUUUCAAGAAAUACAUUGAGAUUGAACUCCACUUGGGAAACAUAGAUAGAUGUAGAAAACUGUACGCACGGUAUCUUGAAUGGUCUCCUGAGAGUUGCUAUGCUUGGAUCAAGUUUGCUGAGUUUGAGAUGUCUCUUGCUGAAACAGAACGAGCUAGAGCUAUUUUUGAACUUGCAAUAUCUCAGCCUGUUCUUGACACCCCCGAGCUUCUAUGGAAGGCAUACAUUGAUUUUGAGAUAUCACUAGGGGAAUUAGAGAGGACACGAGCUUUAUAUGAGCGACUCUUGGACCGUACAAAGCAUUACAAGGUGUGGCUUAGUUUUGCAAAGUUUGAAGCUUCUGCUGCUCAAGAUAAUGAUGUUCUUCUUGAACACGCCAGAGCGAUUUUCGAUAGAGCCAACACAUACUACAAAGAGUCCAAACCGGAGCUCAAGGAAGAACGAGCGAAACUGUUGGAGGAUUGGCAGAACAUGGAGGCGAGCUUUGGUAUGCCCGGGGAUGUUAGUGCUGUUCAAUCGAAGCUCCCGAAAAAGCUCAAGAAGAGAAAGCCAAUCACUAGAGAAGACGGCGAAACAGAGUAUGAAGAAUACAUUGAUUAUUUGUUCCCAGAAGAAUCACAGACGAUGAAUCUCAAGAUUCUUGAAGCUGCUCAUAAAUGGAAGAAGUAGAAGGUUGCUGCUUUCUAAGGAUUAUUACUUUUGAAGUUUCUUUGUGUUUUAUCAAAACUGAGAGUUCUUUUGUUUUCUUACUUCUCUGUACAUUCUCACUUUAUCUGUUCGAUUUAGCCGUCACUUUUAUUAUCCAAGCAAAAGUUCAAAUCUUAUCUGCUUUUUCUUUCUGUUUGGUUCUGAGUAAACGAGCUAAAUAACU